CCCAUCAGUGCCACAUCAGUGCCACAUAUCAGUGCCUACCAGUGCACAUCAAUGCCACAUAGUGCCCAUCUGAGCUGCCUUUCAGUGUCACCCAUCAGUGCAAGUCAGUGCCACCUAUCAAUGCCAAUCAGUGCCACCUAUCAGUGCUGCCAAUCAGUGUCACCUAUCAUCAGUGCUGCCUAUCAGUGAGCAUCAGUGCCGCCUAUCAGUGCCUGUCAGUGCCACCUAACAGUACCAGUCAAGGCUGCCUAACAGUGCCAGUCAGUGCCGCCUAUCAGUGCCAGUCAGUGCUACUGCCCUUUAG